AUGGUCGCCGUGUGUGCCGGAUUGGUGGUGGUGGACGAAGAAAGCGGCAUCAUCCGGCUGGUGCACUAUACCGCCCAAGAGUACUUUAAGUGGGCACAGACACAGCGCAAGUGGUUCCCAGACGCGGAGCGGGACAUCGCCGUGGCUUGCGUCACGUACCUCUCGUUUGACAUCUUCUCUACCGGCCGCUGCCAUAACAUCGAGGAGCUUUGGGAACGGCUAUGGUCGAAUCCCCUGUACCGCUAUGCUUCGUCAACUACGACGGCGCUUCAUCUGGCCUCGUACUUUGGAAUUUAUGACGCUGUGGCCAGCCUUCUUCCAAGCUGGCAGGAUGUGGACUUGGCGGGCACGAGGGGCUGGACGCCUCUGUCGUAUGCCGCCGUGGGCGGGCAUGCGGUUGUAAUACGACUGCUCCUGGACAAGGGUGCAGACGCCGACAGAACUGUUUCUUUCUCAACGCCGCUAUAUUGGGCAGCGAAGAACGGGCACAUGGCGGCUAUGCGGGUGUUGCUCGAGAAAGGGGCCGACGUCAACGCCAUAUCCCGUGGACAGACACCCCUGUCAAUUUCCGCGAAGGUGGGAAAUGCAGAUGCGAGACGGCUAUUUCUCAACAACGAUGCCGUGGUUGAUAUGAAGGAUGACAACGGACGGACCCCCUUAUCGCAUGCCGCCGCAUCCGGGUAUGAGGGGGUCGUCCGGCUGCUGAUCGAGAACAAUGCUGCAGUCGAUAUGGCGGACGAAGAGGGCUUGACACCUCUAGGGCAUGCCGCCGCAUCCGGGCAACAGGUGGUCGUUCGGUUGUUGGUUGACAAGGGAGCUGCAAUAAACACGAAGGAAAUUGAGGCGGUGGCACCAUUGUUGGUCACCGCUUAUGAAGGCCAUGAGGGCAUCAUACGGCUGUUGCUCGACAAGGGCGGUGAAGUCGAGAUGACAGACCCAAGCGACAAGACACCUCUGUUGCUGGCCUCUGAAUAUCGGCACGGGGCUGCCAUCUAG